UAAUCUAAACAAAUCUCUCGAAGCCUCAAUGAACACGAUGAAUUGGUAUUGUUUAACAAAAUAAGGAUGUGAAACUUCUAAACACAGACUAGGCUAUUUUACUCCAAUCUGCCGUUAUUGAACGUUUUGUAGUUUAUCAAUUCGUACCUUAUUUUGUUCACCAUUUAUUGAUGUCUUUAACAUUAAAUGCGACUAAAGAAUGAGUGUUCUACGUUGGACAACACUCCUACUACUCGUGAAAUUUUCCAGCCAGUCAGCAUGCGGAGACACCCACUCGACGGGCGAUUGUAAUUGCCAGUGGCAUUUAGAUGGUACUUGGGUAGUUGAUUGUACGGGACGUGGACUUAGUGAAUUACCCGAAGGCAUACCGGUGAACACCACGUAUCUUGAUGCUUCGAAGAACAAUAUAUUGGAGAUACCGAAUGAUACGUUGCUUCGACUGCAGUACCUAAAUAUAAUAGUACUGGACUUUAACAACCUUACAUCCUUGCCUAAGUUUCCAAAAGGAAUCAGGGUCAUAUCUGCUAAUUACAACAGUAUACAAUCAAUUGAUGGAGCUUUUGAUGACCUAUCUGCUCUUGUUAGAGUGGGCCUAGAUGGUAAUAAUGUGACAUUCAUCAAUAACAGAACCUUUAAAGACACAAUGGAUUUAAGGCAGUUAAAAAUUUCGAGCAACAACAUCAAGUAUAUACAACCUAACACCUUUAAAACAAUUAAAAAUUUAACUAGCAUCUGGAUAAGAAGUAACAACUUUGAUACGAUAGAGAAAAACACGUUUGCAUUGCAUGGUUCCAUCAGUUGUUCAUUAUAUAUAGACUACACCGGCAUUAAGGAAAUUAAAACAGGAAGUUUCAGAAAUAUUGGAGUCAUGUCUAAGGUAUCUUUAGGUUUCAACUCAAUUAAGCACCUUCCACCGAGGUUUAUUAACUCAAGUUAUUUAUACCAGUUAGUAUUAUCGUACAAUAAAUUGCAGCAUAUUGACCCUGAGGCAUUUGCUGAGGUGGGAAAGAUAAUGGUGUUGAGAUUGGAUAAUAACUUAAUUAAAGAGAUUCCACUGGCUGUAUAUAAUCUCAACGUAACGAGUUUGUUAAUCAUAAGCAUGAACUUUAUUGACCUGAGCUCAUAUGGCAACAGAAGCGUAUUGGCCCACUCACCGCAAAAACUGAUUAUAGCAAAAAAUGAAAUACAAUCAAUUUCAAGAAAUCAUUUUAAUGGAUUGCAAUCUCUGGAACAGAUACUUAUUUACCUGAAUAGGAUAUCAUAUAUAGAAGAUAGAUCUUUCAGUGGAACCAGUCUCACGUAUUUAUAUAUCUAUGGAAAUAAUCUCCAGAAAAUUACAAGUGAAAUGUUCAAAGUAGACAUUGGUUCACUUCAAUAUCUUUAUCUAUUUAAUAAUCCGAUUGAAGACAUGGAACAAGGCACAUUGUCUUAUCUGGCACCGAAAUCAACAGUGUAUCUGAACUGUGCAAAUCUCGAGUAUAUCCCGUCGAAGAUAGCAGAACACACAAAUGCAAUAUGUGUCACUAAUAAGACUGUACUCGAUUUCAAAGUUGAUUAUUUUUCAACACUAUAUUUAUUUGGAAUGACGUGCACUGGCCCAACAUGCCAGCCUUGCGGUCUUGGUUCAUACGGGAAGCUUUCAGGAUCAGGUUGUUACACUUGUCCAGCAGUGAAAGGGACAAAAGUCUGUUUCCCAGAGGCAGCAUAUUCAGAAGUUCAAAUGACCUCAAAACCUCAAAAGAAAACAUCAGAGCAGCAUAACACUUUGAGUCAAAAUAAAGGUAGGAACCUAACCUGUAGCUUGCAGCUGUAA